AUGGAAACCACAUCCAGAUAUAUCGGUUCCGACAUAUGCGGCUUCAAUGGUAACUCGGCAGAGGAACUGUGUUUAAGAUGGCAACAAAUGGGAGCGUUCCACACCUUCAUGAGGUACCAAAAGUCUAAAAGAUGGCGUUGCAUAAAAAAGUCUACUCACAAAAACCAUUUCAAUGGACUGAUUCGCUGCCUGGUAUGCCCGACCUUUGAGGGAGAGAGCGCGAAAGCAAGAGCGUAUGAACCGAGCUUCAUCUUCCCUUUGGAGCGCUCACAGGAAAAUCAAGCUUUUAUAAGUGGAGUGACAUCUGGUUAUUUAACAAUUAAUCAAUUAGUCGAAAGUUCAGCAUUGACGCAAUGGACGCCUACACAACACCAUAGUGGUGCAAAGCCAUAUUCUAAGCAGGAAAAGAACCAUAAUGCCAUUGGUCUUCCACCUCAAGAUCCCUCCAUGUGGAAAACUGUCACGGAUGCCACCAUAAAAGCCAAUCUUUUCCGCUAUGAAUACCUACCAUAUUUAUACAGCUUACACUUUGAAGCAUCCAUGUACGGAAAGACAGUAAUUCGACCAGUUUUCUAUGAGUAUCCCACUGAUACUAGGACUCAUGAUCUAGGCGAUGAAUUCUUGUGGGGUAGUUCCAUGCUUAUUGCCCCAGUGCUAAAGGAAGGGGCUACUAGCGUGCUAGCCUACUUGCCUGUAGAUGAUUGGUAUUCUGUGUUUGACCAUAAGUAUGGACAACUUAUACCGCAUGGAGAGCAAACGUUUCCCGCUCCGUGGGAAUCUUUGAUUCCAGUCUUCGUUAGAGAUAAUACCAGGUGGAACAAUAAUUCCAUGCCAAAGACCCAACAUCACAACGGAGUACACAAGGAAAAAUGCUUUCAAAUUAGUGAUUGCUCCAAAAGCAGGCACGGCUACGCUUAUAACAUAAGACUUUUUUCGUUUUUAGAUAAAGCUGAUGGCUUCCUUUACUGGGACGAUGGUGACAGCAUAGUCGAUUCUUUCUCAACAUACUCUUACUAUCAUUGGACUUUCCAUUACAAUCAGCAUGAAUCUAGGGCGAGUCUGACUAUCAAAAGAACAAAUAAAGCUAACAAUCUGCAAAUUCCUACACUUGACACUCUGGAAAUUUUCAAUUAUAAGAACUUCGCUGAUUUUGAUGACUUCACUUUGAAUGGCGAAAAGGUGGAGAUUGACAAAGAAGCUUCAAACUACAAAUCGGACGAAAAAAUUCUGUACAUCACAAAGAAG